GCAGGAAAGCGGGGAGGAGAGAAUUACCUAAGUGAUGGAGCGAUUGCAAGGAGCGGGGCAAAGCUGCGGCGCCGGGGCGGACGCGCUCCACCUCCGCACGCCCCGCGGAGCAGCCCCCCGCCGCGGCACGCAGGGCUGGAGCUGCACCCGCUGCCCGAGCGCGGCGGAGCCCCGGGAGCCGCCUGCGACGCCGAGGCUGCAGCGAGCUGCAACGGGCUGCAACGCGCCUGCCGCGAGCCCGGGGAUGAUGGGGGGGAGGCGGCUGCUCUGGGUCGCCCUCUGCGCUGUGACCCUGUGCGGCCCAGCCGCCGGCAGCCCCACGGAUGAGCCCACCACCGCCCUGACGCCUCGGACGGGGACGAGCGGCAGCAGCGCGGCCACCAGCCCAUCGAGCACCGCCGAGCCGGCGCGGGAGACCACCGCUGCAGCGGGACCCCCCACGCCGGCCCCCACCUCCACGGCACACAGCACGGGCCAGCCGAGCCCCCGGCCCGGCCAGACCUCCCCCCGGCCCCCCAGCACCCGGCCGGACACGAGCAGCGGGCCCCCCGCGGCGACGCACAGCCCCACGGCGCAGCCCGGCACCACGGCAGCACCCGCGACGUCGGGGUCGGCGCUGCCAAGCUCUCCCACCACGCCGGGGCACACGGCCACCUCCGCUCCCGCGGCGCCCGGCGGCAGAGCUCGCAACGCCUCCAAGCCCAUCACCUGCCACCAGGUCAAGGAAGUGGGCGACGCCGGGGCCAUCUGCCUGCACCUCCCGGAGGCCCCCAGCUGCAAACAUUUUUUGGAGAUGAAGGGCUCUGCCUUAUGGAGCGCAAUAUGUGAAGAGAACGCGCACCGUGUUCCCUCCCCCUGCCAGAUCAAGCUCGCUAAAUCCGAGGUGGACCGUCACUGCAUGCUGCUCAUCCUGGUCGGAGAAGGAGAUCCUGCUACAGAUAUGCUCCGGGAAUCUCACUGGGAGAAGUUCGGAAUAAAAUCCCUGAGACGGGGCAGCGUGAGGAGCCACCAGGACUUUUCUCGGAAGACGCUGAUCGCCUUGGUCACGUCCGGGCUCUUGCUGGCGUUUCUGGGCCUGGCCGGAUACUUCCUCGCCAAGCGGCGGAGCUGGAGCCCCGUGGGGGAGAGGCUGCUCUAACGCUUAUUUCUGCUCAGCAGUAAGAACUCAUCCAGCAAGGCCCCUCCAGGGACACCGAAACCCUAUGAAUUUGUCACUAAAAGUGACAUCAACUUUCGUUCACAGCACUUAAGAACGGGUUACGCGUCUGUCUUGUACUGGUGCUGUAAUAAAGGUCGUUUCUCCCCUCACUUAACUAAUAAUGAUAAUAAAAUAUAUCACGAAAGAAAGAGAAAGAAAUUUCACUCUUUCUGUUCUUCCUCCCCUCAGACAGGCUCGCCUCGAGGAUGCCGUCUUCCCCCGCGACCCGCGGGGACGCGAGCCCCCCCGAAGGGGAGACGGGCCGUGCGGGUGCCCUUGCCCUGAGCGUGGGGCGGGCACGGCCGCGCUCAGGGACCGUUAGAUUUAGUGCCCAAAAAGAUGCUGCCAGCACGUUAAAUGCCAGCUCGGGUGCCUGGGUAAAGGGCAGGGGCAUCGGGGCCGGGCUGCCGAGCGCUGCCUCCUGCAAGGCAAAGCCCAGGAGUGCCCGUGGGGUGAAGCCGUCUGUGUAAACACGGGGCAGCUUUAAUCCAGUUUCCAGAUGAUGCAUGCGUCUCCCUGCCACAGCGAGGGUCAGCGAAGGGGCCCCAGUCCCGUGCUCUCCGGAGGCACCUGCUCCUGGCAGCAGCCCUCGUAGCAAGCCGGCGAGCGCGUCGCUGCCUGAUGGGUACCAGCACAGCGACCUGCGGAUGCCGGAGCCGGAGCGCAGCCCUGCAUGGCGGUUAGCGUGCCGCAGGCAAUUCCCGUCGCUCCCGUCCGGCAGCGACUCUCGCCCGGCCGAGGUGAAAGCAGAGCUGCUCUGCGACGGGCUUGCAAACCCUGGAGGCAGGGAUGGGUCAAGGCCUGGUUGCCUGGAGGGAACAACAACCUCGCGGCUUCUCUUUCCAGGUCAGGGAGAAAAGCCGGGCGCUGCCGGCCGUGCCCAUCGCUAAC